AUGACCAUAAAGCCAGUCAGUGCACCCAGUGGCAAGCGCGUGGUCGAUGCGGAUGCCACCGAGGCUCACGUCUCUGGGCAGGUAGUGGUGGAGCAAUCGGUUGUCAAUCAGGCCCAUCGCAAUGUUGUUAUCGAUGGCCAUGGCCAGAGUCCACAGCGCCGUGGGGAGGUCUACGACGAGCUGGCACGCACACAUCGCUGCAGUCCACACAAGAGCUCCCGCUCGAAACGCCGCGAACACCACGAGGGCCACGCUCAUCAUCACAAACGAGAUCGCUUGGAGCGCGAGAAACUUAGCCUUAAUCACCCGACUGUAGGCGGUGGCGGCGUUGCGGGCGUCACCAGCAAAUGCAGUAGUCCACAUUCAGUGGUGGCAGCUGCCGUUGCCGCCGGGCCGGGCAAUAGCAGUCCAACGGCCGUGGGUCGCAAAUCGCCGGAACAUCUGGGCCUAGGCUGUGCCAACGUACCAAAAGCUCAGACUCAGAUCACGCCGGCUGCUGCGGCGGCCAAUUUGCUAAAGGCCGUCGAGGAGACAUUUUCUGGCUAUAAUAGCGGUGAUGAGCAUCUGCAGCCCAAGGAGCGCACCAUUUCGGUCGAGGAGUGGAAGAGGCGCGACGAGGAGUUCGCCAAGUGCAUGGAGAAGCGCGGCUAUGAACUGAAGCCCGUCGAGGAGGACGGCGCCUGCCUAUUUCGCUCAAUAUCUCUGCAGAUCUAUGGCGAUGAGGGCAUGCACGAUGUCAUACGUCAGCACACAAUGGACUAUAUUCAUGAGAACCGCGAGUACUUUGGACAGUUUGUCACCGAGGACAUCAAUGGCUACAUUCAACGAAAACGUGCUCGGGAUGCACACGGCAAUCACAUCGAGAUACAGGCCAUAUCAGAGAUCUAUAGUCGCACCGUCGAAGUCUACUGCUAUCAGUCGACUCCCAUCAACAUCUUCAAUUCGGAGCAAUCGCAGGCUGGUUAUCCGCCGCUGCGUUUGUCCUAUCAACGAGGCUCUCACUAUAAUGCGAUACUGGAUCCUUACAAUGCCACUGUGGGCGUCGGCUUGGGUUUGGCUGGUUACAAGCCCGAGUUUCAGACCAAGGAGGCAGUGCGUCUUAGCGAGCAGCUGGAAAUCGAACAGACAAUGUUUGAGGAUAAGCUAAAGACAACAGACUGGGAAGCUACCAACGAGGCCAUCGAGGAGCAAAUCGCCCGCGAGUCCUAUUUACAAUGGUGCCGUGAUAAUAUGCAGCGUUCGCGCAGCAGCAACACAGCCGCCACUUCGGCAACAUCUUCAACAGUGACAUCUGCCGAGGCGCUUACCGACUCUGACGCUUCGCCCUCCAAAUACUCAAGCGAUGGAGGAGGAGGAGGCGUUUGUGGCAGCAGUAACAACAACGGCAACAGCAACACAGCCGCCACCUUGAGCGGCUCCAGCGUCGGUGAUGGCCCAGCCUCUGGCUUUGCACUAUCGCCCAAGAGCCUAGGCCAGUUUACACACAAGCUACCGCCCGAAGUGAACGAACUGGGCGGCUAUGAGAGCGAUGCCACCGAUAUGAGCAGCACCAGCUCGGUGGGCCACUGUGGAGGCAAUGCUUCGCCCAAUACAGCGGCCGCCACACAGCGCUCCAAAAAAUUGCCCAAAUCCCAGCGUCGCAGCAACAACCUGCGCAGCAGCAAGAAACGUCGGCACGAAGUCCGUGAGGCAGGCAACAGUCUGGAAGCACACGAAACGCCGCAGCGCAAGAGUCCCAAGCGCGAUGCUGCGCCCUCAGCUUCACGUGAGCGCACGCCGGAAGUGGAACAGCAGCCAUGCACCUCCAAACAGUCGUCCCAGUCGCCACCCAAACGUGUCGAUGCUCAGUCGCCGCCAAAGCAGAGCUACUCCAGCUUCUAUCAGGAGCUGCUCGAGGCCUCCUACGCCAACGAUGGCGUCAAUGAGAACGAGAUGCUGCAGCGAGCCAUACAGAUGUCUACACGCGAUUAUAUGGAUGAUCAGAAGCGAAAAUAUUUGUGCGGCCCAUAGAUAGCCAAAGCCAAGGCGUCGGUCUUUUGUACAGUGAUUAAAUUUAUCUUUCGCAACGAAAA